CCGCCGUUCAUUGGAACUACAGCGCAAACACCGACGAGUGUGCCGAGGUCGGGCGAGCUAGCAGCCAGCCAGCACCACAGUCACAGACAGAUUUUUUCCAGCAACGCAACACGGCGUGUGCUCUUUUCUUCGUUUCAUUUUAUCUCGGAUGAAAGAUUUAUUUCUUAACCGCGAAUUGAUCGGAAAUUGACGCGUCUCAUUGAACUUUUUGUUACGAAUCGCCGUCGAUUUGUUUGAAAAAGCAAACCGGAAGUGAGAUUGUAAACAGUAGUUGUGAAGAACGCAAGUGGGAUAAAAGAAUCAUUCAGCGAAUGGGACCGCUCCCAAUUUUCAAGCGAAAAAAGUGAAAAUUCUUUUUGUCUCUGCAUCGUCUGGUCAGGCAGAGGUAAGGACCGCAAUGGAAUUUGGCAGUGAGAAAAGUUUCCCACUUCCAUCCGGUAUUAUUUAUCCUGUUGCUCCAUACGGAUGCUGAAGAAUAGCUCAAUAACAAAGUUUAGUGAGAAUCGAUCCCGUUGCCACGACAGGAACAAGGCCAUGAUGGUGAAGAAAUUUGAUUAGCUUCCCCCUUCGUGCACCACUCACGGAUGGCCCCAUUAUAGAAGAAAUAAAGAGCUUCCCCCAGUUUUCCCUUCCUUUCUGGUGUUAUAAAACCAUCCACUAGGAAAGAUAGCUUUUUUCCGUUCCGUCCUGUGUCGCUCGGCAGUUCGGCGUAGUUCCCAGCACAAUUUCCUUUAUAAAUAUUGCAAGUGAUAAUCCCAUUCCGUUCCCUUCAUUUGAUACAACCCCCUUUGGUCGGCUCCCCGAGACGUCGCGCGGUGCUCUGCUCCCCAUAUAUUAGUGGUUUCUCCGGAGAAAAAGAAAGUGAAGGAAUUUGGUGUAAACACACAUCAGCCCCGGCAGCAAGAAGAGAGUCGUGUGGUUUUUUGUUGUUGUUGUGUUCUAUUUUUCGCCCCGUUGGCGCACACACACGGUGGAUUGAAGUGCAAAGCAGAAAGCACGAAGAAAGCUGCUGCUGGUGGUUCUCCUGCCUGGAUAAGGUGUCCCCCAUCCGUCAUCCGUGGGUAGAGAAAGGAAAUUCGUAGUUCGCAUCUACAGGAUUCGCAAUCUCCCGCCACAAAAACAAAGCCUGAAUCUCUCACCUAAGAGCAACCGAAUGGAAGGACCAAUGCAGACAUCUCCCGUGUAGAAAAACACAACGCAAUCAAACAAAAACAAACCGCUGCACUUGAGAAUUGGAAAACCAUAUACAGAAACGGAUAGCUAGUAUUAGUGAGAUAAUCCCCAUAGCACAAAACAGUAAAAGGAACCAACAAUAUUUGCACAAUGGCCGGGCCAGAAAUUACCUUCAUCUUCCAGUUCGGUAACCUGCGGGACAUCGUUACCGUGUCCAGCCAGGCGCUAACGCUGAAAACGCUCAAGGAUCUAGCCUGUGAUUUUAUCAAUACUAAGGUACCCGAAAAUGGUUUGAACCGCCUAUCAGACCGGUUACUACUAUUCCGCCAUGACUAUACUUCGUCCAAUGUACUUCAAAUGAUCAACUCCGCCUCAGAGAUCGUCGAUGAAACCCUGGUGGAAAUUGUGCUGACAGCCAACCAAAUUCUUCUUUCAGCAAUCAACGCCCCCGGUUCGGACGACAUCCCGUUGGUGCGGCCGCACGCCCUUGCCGUACACUCGUACAAGGCUCCCACGUUCUGCGACUUUUGCGGUGAGAUGCUAUUCGGGUUGGUCCGCCAGGGGCUCAAGUGCGAAGGAUGCGGCCUAAACUAUCACAAGCGCUGUGUCAUCAAAGUGCCAAAUAACUGCAGCCGCGUGGAGCACAUUGGAGCGCUGAACGCCGGCAGCGGUAGCGGUGGCAAUCGACGCACAUCUUCCAGCCUACAAGCCCCACCCGCCAGAAGCGCCUCCGGAGGCUCCAACAACUCGCUCACCUCCGAAGAUCAGGCAUCCAGUGGAUCCGGUUCACUGCUGCUCAAUCCAAACUCCCAAGCAACGACCAAUAUUCGUCAGAACCGGUCGCCAUCACUCGGUAGUCGAGGUGGUACCGUCGGUAGCAUCAAAAUACCUCAUAGUUUCUCCAUUCACACCUAUACCCGUCCCACGGUAUGCCAGUAUUGUAAGAAACUCCUCCGCGGAUUGUUCAAACAGGGAGUGCAAUGUCGCGAUUGUCACUAUAAUGCACACAAGAAAUGUGUGGACCUUGCGCCAAAGGACUGUACCGGUGAAAAUACUCAACCGGUAGACCCACACGACGAACGCAAUCUGCUUGGGGAUCGUGAGAUGACCUACAAGGAAGAUACUGGCGAUGAAAGUGACCUAGACGACAAUCCCUGCAGUAGUACAAUGAACAACAACAAUAGGAUCAGUCAGAAUCGAAACGUGAACCUGAUGGACAGUGGCCCUCCGGUGAAAAUUAACGGGAUGAUUUCUUCCUUACAUGAGGACGAAUCUUCGGAUCGACUCGAGGUGAUAUGUGAGCAAUCACGGCAAUCUAGCAACUCGUCGUCGUCCCCGAGUGCGAACAUUCCACUGAUGAGGAUCGUUCAAUCGGUGAAGCACACCAAGAGGCGCGAUGGGCGGGCCGUCAAAGAAGGCUGGUUGGUGCACUUCACCAACAAGGAUAAAGCUAUCAAACGGCACUACUGGAGGUUGGAUUCGAAAGCGAUUACCCUGUUCGUUUCCGAUCAGGGCAGCAAAUACUACCGGGAGAUUCCGCUGAAUGAAAUUUUGACGGUGGAUGCGGCUAGGAACCUUCAAAGUGAAGUUCUGCACUGCUUUGAGAUUAAAACAGCCAACGUGGAUUACUUUGUCGGGCAGGACCCGCUCUAUAGUUUGAAGGAAGGAGAUCCCAUGCUAGCGCUUCCACCGCCGGACAGUGGAAUCGGAGCAUACCUUGCCAAAAGUUGGGAAACGGCCAUCAAACAAGCGCUGAUGCCGGUCACCACUAUCGGCCGUUCGGAAUCGGCUGGUGGUGAACCAGAGGAGAAGGUCACCGACAUGAGCCAACUUUAUCAAAUCUUUCCGGACGAAGUGCUCGGCUCGGGUCAGUUCGGUAUAGUGUACGGCGGCGUCCACCGGAAGACGCACCGGACGGUAGCGAUCAAGGUGAUCGACAAGCUGCGGUUCCCCACGAAACAGGAAGCACAGCUGAAAAACGAGGUGGCAAUCCUGCAGAAUCUAUCGCACGCGGGCGUUGUCAAUCUGGAGCGAAUGUUCGAAACCCCAGAGAGGAUAUUUGUUGUGAUGGAAAAGCUGAAAGGUGACAUGCUGGAGAUGAUCCUUUCGCAUCAGAAUGGACGACUGAGCGAACGAGUUACCAAAUUUCUAAUCACUCAAAUACUCGUUGCUUUGAAAUACCUGCAUAGUCGAAAUAUUGUACACUGUGAUUUGAAACCGGAAAAUGUACUUCUUUCCUCGGAUAACGAAUUCCCACAGGUGAAGCUGUGUGACUUUGGAUUUGCGCGAAUCAUUGGAGAGAAGUCCUUCCGGCGAUCCGUCGUUGGCACUCCUGCUUACUUAGCUCCUGAAGUUCUGCGAAACAAAGGAUACAAUCGCUCGCUGGACAUGUGGAGCGUAGGGGUAAUCAUCUACGUUAGUCUGAGCGGCACUUUCCCGUUCAACGAGGACGAGGACAUCAACGAUCAGAUCCAGAAUGCAGCAUUCAUGUAUCCGCCAAAUCCUUGGAAGGAGAUUUCGUCUGAUGCAAUCGAUCUCAUCAAUAACCUGCUGCAGGUGAAGCAACGGAAACGGUUCACAGUGGACAAGUCCCUUCUGCACUGUUGGCUGCAGGAUUUGCAAACGUGGAACGAUCUCCGCAUCCUGGAAUCACAGGUUGGCCUGCGCUAUCUGACCCACGAAUCGGACGAUGCUCGCUGGGGCAAUUCAUCCAUCGGGGGUGGUAUCCCAUGACCUGAAUCGACUACAGUAACAUCCACAGUACCGAUGGUGGCUGGUGCCGGAGGAGCGGUUGGCAAUAGCAGCAGUAACAACAGCAGCAGCAGCAACAAUCAAUCCUCGCCCAAAAUGAAUGAUUUCCGUGGCAAGGCUUACAAGUGGGUUCGUGGACGCCUCUGCCGGUUGAUCAAGGCCUAGGGACAUCAAGUAGGUUAUAAAUUGACAUUUACAUUUUACUUCAGACAAAUACACGCGAAUGCGCAAAAAACGAGUGAGAUUCGAAGGAAUUAGUGUCCUUUUCACCCACCCCCCAGGAAUUCGAGAGAUAGAUAAAUGUUUCUUUUCCAAGCAACUGAGAAGCGAUUGAUUGUCACACGAAACGUGAACUUAAAACUACUGUGAGCUAAUUAUAGGAAGGCGGUUCAAAAGUAGCUUAAAUACACAACUUAUUGUUGCAUAUUAAGAUAUAAAAAGUUCAAUCACUAACAUUAUAUUAGCCAAGGAACAAUUGUGAGAACAUGCAAUUAAUUCGACAACAAAUAAAAGGAAUUGAUGACUUUGUAAUUAAUUCAAGUUGAUACAUAAUUAUUGAUCCACUAUUACUGCUAAGGAAUGACCUAGAUCUGGAUUAUCUAUCGGCUACUCUAUUAAUAUCGGAUAAGUUUCGUGGUCAAGAGAGGAACGGAUGAACAAAGCUGAAUCAAUAUUUUCCUACUUAUCAUACUUACGACACAAAUCGGCAUCACAAACACAACAAAUAACUUACUUUUAACUGCAAACGGGACUGGAAGGAAGGCAUUUUUUAACGAUCUAUAGGUAUACUUUUUACAUUUUUACUGGAUAGGACCUAAUUUUAAGAGUAAUGCACUUCCUUUGGAGAAGAAUCUAAUACGUACCUACUUCUUUACGUACUUCAUAAUAUGGCUAGAAGAAAAUUAUUUCAAUUUGAUUUUAUUUGUUAGUUUGCUUGAAACUUUGCUACGAGGGACUAAAACAUAAUUUGACGGAAGUAUUUUCAUCGCACUGAAUACCAGUGUUAAAAACGAAUUCAAAAGCUUAACGUGCCCCGCUUAGAAUUUGAGGAAAGCAAUGUUUAAAGCAAACUAUUUGUCGUCUCAAAUGACAAUAUGUACUAACCUACAAGAAUACUCUUUUGAUGGAAACUCCAAAAAGAUCUGAGCUGUAUAUUAUUUACUGUGAAAACAUAGUUUAGUUCCAUUAGUGCGACAGCUUGUUAUGAACUGUUAAAUGUUUAGAAACAAAAUCGAUAUUCGUACUAUUAUCAUGCUAGAUAUUUGAAAAUGUUUUCUUAUUAUUAGUUAGAAUUUAACUGUCUUCUUAGACUAAUUUGUGGUAGCUAUAGCAAACGAUCUGUAUUACUGUUUUUAAAACGAAACAUUCCUUGUAAGGAGCUUACAACUUAUUGUUCUGUUUAAUGUUUUCGUCUUCGAAAAUAAAUCACCUUUGUACGUUUCUACUUAACUGCUUUAACUUUUUUUUUAUUUAGAUAUAUAUUUUAUAAACUAAAUGCAAUAUACAACAAUAACAGUUCAUUUGUCUUGUGUUAUUCUGUUUCUCAUCAAAUUUCAAAGUGCCUAAAAUCGAAAGGAUGUGUCAAAUUGAAAUCCUACUCAAAAUAUAUACCUACCCUCAAAACAAACCUAUGUACUUUCUCAUUCAAUAAAUCAGCCUACAAAAUAUCACCAGUACAUCUAACAUUUCCUCAACCGGUCCUCAAAUGCUAACAUCCAUCUUAACAUCGCUACUACUAAUACAUUUCUAUUUAACAUAUACUGAAAGUACUAGUGAUAUACUUUUCGUUCAUCAGGCUUUCAACGUGAUAGUAGGAAAACAGAACAUCCCCCCUUCAAUUCUAUCGAACACCGAAAUGAUUCCGAAUUCUAUAGUGAAAAUAUAGUACGAUACUCAACUCUCAUACGAAUCGAUGAACUGACUUAAAUCUAAACACAAUACAAAUCAUGCCAAAUGUAUACAAAUACCUAAUUACAAAGUUUGCCAAAAGUUUGAAAAAAAGAAACUAUAAAUGAAAUAAAAAAAAACUGAAUUACGGUAACGAACGGAACCAGAAUAGGAUGCUCACGCACUCGAGACAUAUUGAGACGGGUCGGCAAACGGGAAGCUUGAUUCCAUUUUUAGAUGUUUUUUCUAUACAAUUUUUUUUUUCCAUUCUCGUAGAGCUAGGCAUCUUAAUUAGCAAACUUUAGCAUACCUACGACAGAAGAAGAUCGAAACAAUUACAACUAUCAACGAAAGUAUUACAUACACAGCUAAUAUCUUCCAAUAGACAGAUGAAAAGCAACACACAGAAAACCAAACUUUUGUACUACAUUUUAAGCGUACUCAAACUAAUAAAAAAAAAAAACAAAAACACUUAACUGUUGGAACGAAACAGGUACAAGGUGAUCGAAGAGAAACUAUAGUUGCACAAAUUUACCAAAAUUUUGAGAAUCACGCGUCGCUAUACUGAAAAUACUCAUUCAUCACGGUAUGGUUUACUAACAUCUCACAUCCACUGACAUUCUAACCAUUUUUAUUUCUAAAAUGAUCUUAUCUAAUUCGUUAGCUGACACCAUGCAUCGUGUAAUUCAGUAAAUUAACGAAAUGUAUUGAGGCAAAAAGUUACUCAGAUUUACACUCGGUUUAUUAAUUGAUUGAAAAGGCAAAAUAUAUUCGAACAAGGAUUGCAAAUA